ACGAGGAUGGCAAGACUGCCCGUAGCCAUAAGCCCUCCUCACUGCUCCUGGGGCUAAAGCUGGGGCUGGUGGCCAUGGGGCUGGCCCGACCCCAGGCCUGGUUGUUGGGCCUGCCUACAGCCGUGGUCUAUGGCUCCCUGGCCCUCUUCAUCUCCGUCUUGCACAACGUGUUCCUGCUCUACUACGUGGACACCUUUGUGUCAGUGUACAAGAUCAACAAGGCAGCCUUCUGGGUCGGAGAGACGGUGUUUCUUCUCUGGAACAGCUUCAAUGACCCACUCUUCGGCUGGCUCAGUGACCGCCAGUUCCUCAGCUCCCAGCCCCGGUCAGGUGCUGGGCUGUCCUCUAGGGCUGUGGUGCUGGCACGGGUGCGGGCACUGGGCUGGCAUGGGCCACUGCUGGCGCUGUCAUUCCUGGCAUUCUGGGUGCCCUGGGCCCCAGCUGGCCUGCAGUUCUUGCUCUGCCUGUGUCUCUAUGAUGGUUUCCUGACGCUCGUGGACCUGCACCAUCAUGCCUUGCUGGCUGACCUGGCCCUCUCAGCCCACGACCGCACCCACCUCAACUUCUACUGCUCCCUCUUCAGUGCUGCUGGCUCCCUCUCUGUCUUUGCCUCCUACGCCUUCUGGAACAAGGAGGACUUCUCCUCCUUCCGUGCCUUCUGUGUGGCACUGGCCGCUGGCUCUGGGCUGGGCUUUGUAGGGGCCACGCAGCUGCUGAGGAGGCGAGUUGAGGCUGCCGGCAGGGAGCCAGGGUGUCCAGUCCUGGCCGUGGAUGGCGGCCUGUGUGGAGAGGAACUGCUUGUGGGUGGUGAGGAAGCGGACAGUAUCACCUUGGGCCAGUACCUCCAUCAGCUGGCACGCCACCGGAACUUCCUGUGGUUCGUGGGCAUGGACCUGGUGCAGGUCUUUCACUGCCACUUCAACAGCAACUUCUUCCCCCUCUUCCUGGAGCACCUGUUGUCAGACCACAUCUCUCUGUCCACAGGCUCUUUCCUGUUGGGCAUUUCCUACGUUGCUCCCCAUCUCAACAACCUCUACUUCCUGCCCCUGUGCCGGCGCUGGGGUGUCUACGCGGUGGUACGGGGGCUCUUCCUGCUCAAGCUGGGCCUUAGCCUACUCAUGCUGUUGGCUGGCCCUGACUGCCCCAGCCUGCUCUGCCUCUUCAUUGCCAGUAACCGUGUCUUCACUGAGGGCACCUGUAAGCUGCUGACCUUGGUGGUCACUGACCUAGUGGACGAGGACUUGGUGCUGAACCACCGCAAGCAGGCGGCCUCGGCACUCCUCUUUGGCAUGGUUGCCCUGGUGACCAAACCAGGCCAGACCUUUGCCCCACUUCUAGGCACCUGGCUGCUCUGCUUCUACACAGGUCAUGAUCUCUUCCAGCAGGCCCCGCUAGCCCCUGUGGGGAGUGCCCAGCCCUGGCCAGAGCCCCCAGCCCCACCCCCGGCGCAGGCCCCAACACUCCGCCAGGGCUGCUUCUACUUGCUGGUGCUGGUGCCCAUCACCUGUGCUCUGCUGCAGCUGUUCACCUGGUCCCGGUUUACACUGCAUGGGAGAUACUUGCACACGGUCAAAGCCCAGCGCCAGAACCUAUCACAGGCCCAAACCCUGGACCUUAAGACAGUGUGAGAAGUGGGGCAAGGCCAUCUGGGGAGGAUACUGCCUGCGGCCCUGGGGAGGAGCCUCUUUUGCCAGCCUGGCCUCCUGCUUCUCCGCGUGCCUCAGAUGCAGCCUGGAUGAUAGAUGGCCGACUGGGAGCUCCUGGGACUGAGCCAGGAGUGUCACUGAGGUCUAAGUUCCUGCUUGGCUGACUGGCCCAGCUUGGGCAGGGCUGGGUGUAUGUGUUCAGGGACCUGUUUCCCCCUUCAGGGGCAGGAGGAAAGAAGAGGACCAAGUAGGGAUGGGGCUGCUUUGUGGUGCUCAUGGGGUUACCGGGGGGUAUGGAGGCCUGUCCCACUGCCUGGCUGAGACUGGCUGCCCUGUGGGCUCAGGAACCCCUUUUGAUACUGCAACUGUUCCCUCUCGCCCAGUCAGGGGAAGCCGACUGCAAGUCCCUCCCUACCCAUCUCCAGUAGUUUCUCAGAGGGUUCUCUGCUUCAGCUGUGCCCGAAGUAGCACAGCCCCUUCUGCUGCUGCAGGGUUCCCCCACCCUACCCUGCCUCUGAAGAGCUUCAUUUCAUAGACUGAUUAAAGGCAGUCUUUUCUAGGCCUCAGGUCUGGGCUGUGUGUGUGUGUGUGGUGGGAUGGUGGGGGUGUUGGGACACAGGGCUCCUCAAUAGAAACACCCUGAGAGCAUUUUUCCAAAUCCAAGUGGUGGGCUACAGGCAUUGCUCACUAAGACACCAGUGAGAAAAUGCAGAUUGGUAGCUGCAUGGGGACUUGGGAGCAGAAUGACUUUCAGGCCUGGGGCCAGUAGCCCCAGGACAUUUCCCAUGUGACACUGUUGGACGCCAUAGUCACGGAAGGGGAGCUUCUAGGACAGAGCUUCUCAACCUUGGAAUCACCUGGGAAGCUUUAAUAGAUACUGAUGUGUGUUCUAUUCCCAAAGAUUUCUGAUUUAUUGGGUCUGGGGUAUGGCCUGGACAUCAGGAUUUUUAAAAGCUCUGUAGGUGAUUUUCCUGUGCAGCUGGGAUGGAGAACCACUGCUCUAGGCCAGCGGUUCUCAGCUUCAGCACUAGAGACACUUGGGGCUGGAUAUAUUUCUUUGUUGUAGAUAUUUAUCAGUAGCAGAAUCCCUGGCCUCUACUUGCUUAGCUGCCAGUAACCCCCAUCCCAACCUCCGGUUGUGACAACCAAACAUGUCUCCAGACAUUGCCAAAUGUGUCUUGAGGGGCAAAAUUGAUCCUUGUUGAGAACCACUCCUGUAGGCCAGUAGUUUUUUGAGGGUUUGCUUAGUGGCUAUGACGGUAGGCUCCAGGGCUCUACAGCCUGGGUUCAAAUCUUAGCUUAUUAAUAAAGGGCAGAGCCUUGGAAAAUUGCCUCAUCAUUCUGUGGCUCUAUCCACAGCUUCGAGGGUUAUUGAAUUAAAUGGGUUAGCAUUUGUAAAGUGCUUGGCCAUUUUUCCCAAGUGUGUAUUUAAAAUGAACUGAUUUUCCAAAUGGGCCCUGGAAACUGCAUUUUAAUAAGCUCCCUAGAUUCUCAUACACUUCAAAGUUUUGAGAACCUCUGACUUCAGAGAUGUCAGGAGCUGCCCCCAUCAUUCUGGGUGUAGUCUUACCCAUGGGGGUGGGGAUCCUCAGUUCCUGAACCUGGGCUUUGCGUGAACACUAUUUUCCAGGCAUCCA